AUGCCGCCACCCACGGCGACCGUAGGCGUGGUUCCUACGCCGCGCACACCAAGACUCGUGGAAGACAUAAAAGAGCACGAUACCACGAUCUAUGCUACCUCACCACCUGGAUGCGCCACACCGUACAAUUUUGUGACGCCGGGCCCAUACGCUAGGCUAAUCCAGCACCCCUCGGUGUCUAGUCCAUAUCCGCCUUCAGUCUCUCUUGCUGCGGUUGGACAGGGCCUAUACCAUUCAUCCCCGUCCAAUCUCAAUGCUCAAGUCACGGAUCCGUUUGCCCGGCCGGGUCCGUACGCCAGACAAACACCAUCUUCCGACCUUGCAACGCCUUCCUACCGAGGUCCUGGAAGGGUAUCUCCCAGUUUCUCUCCUAUACCGGGAAACUCUCGAGUGGAGACUACGAUUCUAGCACUUCGUACUGAUCGUCGUCCAUUCUCGACUGCCGUGUUUAACGGCGAAAGUUCCCCGUUUCUUGGACAGUUCCACGAUGACCUUGACGGCGGUGGGGCUUACCGAGCCGAUCACCAUCCCGAGUGGUUCAUCCACGACACACCGUCAGCGCCGAACAAUAUUCCUGCGUCGCCUAAACACUAUCUGUCCCAACCUGCCACUCGCGACAUCUACGUCAAUGAUCCAGUGCUCUAUCAUGCCGGGGAGGAAACGCAUGUCAGAGCCGGCUCGCAAGACGAGUUCGCAGUGGAGGUCGACUACGAUACAUUGGACUUCGAAUGGCGACCGCUCAAGAGGAAGAAUGUCGAUUCUCGUCGUUCAUCUUCACCAACCCCCGAAACUUUCCUGACGCAAUCACUCAAGGAUCGUUCGGUGUUGGGGUACAGCGAGGUGGAAUGGCCUACUCAUCUGCGAGGCACUCGGCCCCAUGGGCACAUUGCUCGUAUUCACCAGGCGAAGACUGUGGUAUCUCUCACUCCCCCGUACGAUGAAGGGUUGGCAAGCUAUGAGGGGGCCGGACCAGAUAUGACGCUGAAUGUCUUCUACCAGAGUCAUCAUGACAGCCCGCCGCCGACCCUUCGUCAAAUGCAACCUUCAUCUGAGGAGCGGGUGCCUAUCGCUACAUCGUCGAGCUCCAGUCUUCGUAGUAACACGCCCGACGUGAAUGAGGAUCACACGGGAUCGCCAUCGAAUGCAAAAGAGCCCGCAGGUCCUGCGUUUGCUCCCGCACCAGGAGUGUAUGUUUCACCUCUACGAACUCCCGCCACACAACCUCCACCAGCGACCCCUUCAUUGAAAGCCGAGACUGAUGAAGUGGAAACACCGAAGAUGAAACCGAUAUCGGCAUUUGCCUGCCGACUGUCCGUCAAUGGCGUCGUAGUUGAUUCAACUACAGCAAGUGUAUCACCACAGUCGGAAGACAGCAUCGAAUCAUGGACAGAGGACGCGGGCAUCAUUCAGUAG